AUGGCGGCGCUGGCGCUCGGGGUGGCGCUCGGGGCGGUUUCGGCCGCGCUCGGGGGGGUUUUGGUGGCCGCCAUUGCCCGCAGGGGCUCGGCAGGGCCCAAAUUGGCGGUGCCGGGAAAGGCGGUGGCGCACAGGGGAGGUGCAGGGGAGCGGAUCGAGAACACCAUGGAGGCCUUUGAGCACGCGGUCUCCGAGGGCUGUGAUUGGCUGGAGCUGGACGUGCGCCGCACCCGCGACGGCGUCGUCGUCGUCUGUCACGACCGGGAUCUGUCGCGACAGAGCGGCCGCCAUCUUGAUAUCACCCAGAUCGAUUACAAGGACCUGCCCCCGUACCGGAGCCCCCUGGAGGUGACGUUUUCACCAGGCUCUUUCUCCUCUGGCUGCGAUCGCCGAAUCCCCCGAUUGGUCGACGUCUUUCAGCGCUUCCCGCGGCAGCCAAUGAGCAUCGAGGUCAAGGACGACGAUGAUGACCUCAUCAAUGAGGUGGCCUCCCUGGUCCGGAGCUUCGACCGCGCCCCCAUCACCCUCUGGGCCUCCUUCCGCGAGCGAAUCCUCCGCAAAUGCCGCCGAGCCCACCCGGAGAUGCCGUUCUGUUUCUCGCUGGAGCGGGGGCUGCUGACGCUGCUGCUCUGGUACCUGGGGCUGCUCCCGCUGCUGCCGCUGGGCGAGGCCGCGCUGCUCUUCCCGCUGCCCUCCAUCAUCAACCGGACGUAUUUUCCCCUCCCCCGCGGCCCGGCCGGACACGCCCUGAGCAAGAUGGCGGCGUGGUUCGUGCUCCGCCCCAAACUCCUGAAGUUCCUCAAGAGCCGCGGGCUGCAGGUGUGGCUUUGGGUGCUGAAUGAGGAGCGGGAUUUUGCGGAAGCCUUCGGCCUCGGCGCCACCGGAGUCAUCACCGACUACCCCGGGAGGCUCCGGAAGUUCCUGGAAGGCCACGCCCACUCCCACGGAGGCCACGCCCACUCCCACGAAGGCCACGCCCCCAGCCAGGAGGGAGAGAAGGAAAAUGGGGGAAAAAAGAAAUAAAAAUGGUCAAAAAAAUGGAGU